AUGACCACCCCACCGCCCACCUCGCCCCCGCGUGCCGCCGUGCAGGCGCACUGCCCCACGCCACGGACUCUCUCACCGCCACCCCACCGCUCUCCUCCUCUACCUCCGCGCCAUUGCGCCUCCCCAACAUUUAAACAGCCACGCCAAACAAAUCCACACACGCCGCCCCGUACUGCUCCACUGUACCACCACCACCCGCACUGCUGCAACACAGUCCCACUCUCCCACUAUCCCCCAGCUCCAGCUCCAGCCGAGCUAGCUCCCAUCGCCGCCACGCCGGCAAUGGCGACCCCGUGCCCCCUCCCCGCCCUCCUCCUCCUCACCCUCGCCGCGCUGUCCCUGUCCCUGUCCCCCACCCCGGCCGCGGCGGCGCGGUUCGCGUGCAACGCCACGGCGCCGCGGGCAUCCACCUGCCAGGCCCUGGUCUCCUACUCCCCGCCCAACGCCACCACCCUGGCGGCCGUCCGCGCGCUCUUCCAGCUCCGCUCGCACCGGGCGCUGCUCGCCUCCAACAACCUCCCGCCCUCCACGCCCACCACCGCCCCGGCCCCGUCCCCGGUCCGCGUCCGCCUGCCCUGCCUCUGCUCCGGCGGGGCCGGCGCCACCUUCCAGCGGCCCACGUACAAGGUCCGCGCGGGCGACACGCUCGACGCCGUGGCCCGCGGCGCCUUCGCGGGGCUCGUCACCUACCGCGACAUCGCCGCCGCCAACAACGUGUCCGACCCCAACCGGGUCGCCGUGGGGCAGGAGCUCUGGGUGCCCCUGCCCUGCAGCUGCGACCCCGUCGGGGGGGAGCCCGUCGUGCACCUCACGUACGUCGCGCCUGCCGGGAGCUCCGUCGCCGGGAUAGCGGAGGAGUACGGGACCACGGAGGAGACGAUACUGGCGCUCAACCGCAUGCCCGACGCCAAGAGCCUCCUCGCCGGCCAGGUCCUCGACGUGCCGCUCCGAGCUUGCUCUUCUGCCAUUAGCAGCUCGGCCAUCGACCGCAACCUCCGCGUCCCGAACGCGAGCUACAUCCUCACGGCCAACAACUGCAUCAUGUGCGGCUGCAGCUCCACCACUUGGCAGCUGGACUGCCAGCCGACGCAAGGGUUGACACCCUCCUGCCCGGCGGCGAAAUGCGGAGACCUGUUCCUGGGGAACACGUCGACGUCCGCGACCUCGACCUGCGAGAGCACGACGUGCUCCUACGCCGGCUACACGAACAGCUCCUCGUUCACCAUCCUCGCCAACCUCACCACCAGCUCCGUGUGCAACGCUGCUGGGAUAUCGCCGGCCGCGCAGCCGUCCCACUCCUUGGCGUCCAGAUUGGGGUCGCCGGCGCGGUGGUCGGAGCUGAUCGUCGGGCUCCAUGUCGCUCUACUGUGCCUCGGGUUUCUGCGCCGUGAUUGAGUAGCAAUUCAGAUUCUUGUCGCUGGACGUGUAGUUCUGUCUUGUGAGUAAUUUGGGACGCGCUGCAUGUGCAUGUGCGGCUCCGGUUUGCAGGAUGUGUUAGAAGGCAGACGUUAGGGGAACACUCGCUCUGUGUUAGAAGGUGCUCGUAGAUCAGAUCGGGGCAGAUUUGUAGUGCCGAACAGUAUUUCCAGCGUUCUUGGUUUUGGCCUGGUGUUAUCACUGUUUUGCUAUAAAAUGGGGACCCUCUUUGUUUUA